UAUGGCAGCUUCACGGAGAGCUACGAUGAGGCCCACGUUACGUCCAUUAGGAAGUGGACAGGUAGGCAGGUGUACAGAGGAAAGGAGCGAGGUAGACGUGGGGCGCACUGAUAGUUUACCUUUAACCAUUUUACUGGAGUAUUUCUUGUAAAAAUGAAUCCCAUUCCAUCAAACCUGAAGUCAGAAGCCAAGAAAGCUGCAAAAAUUUUAAGAGAGUUUACAGAAAUAACUUCAAGAAAUGGACCUGAUGUAAUUAUACCAGCUCAUGUGAUAGCUAAAGCACAAGGACUUGCAAUCCUAUCAGUGAUUAAAGCUGGAUUUCUAGUAACGGCUCGUGGAGGUAGUGGAAUUGUAUUGGCCCGCCUACCAGAUGGAAGAUGGUCGGCUCCUUCGGCAAUAGGAAUUGCUGGUCUUGGUGGUGGUUUUGAAAUUGGAAUUGAGGUAUCAGAUUUGGUGAUAAUCCUGAAUCACCAGCGUGCUGUUAAUGCUUUUACAAAAGGGGGAAAUCUUACUCUGGGUGGAAAUUUUACUGUUGCAAUUGGACCUAUUGGCAGAAACUUAGAGGGAGAUGUUGCCCUAAGAAGUUCAGCUGCGAUGUACACAUACUGCAAAGCACGUGGGUUGUUUGCUGGAAUAUCAUUGGAGGGAUCUUGCUUGAUUGAAAGAAAAGAGACCAAUCGCAAAUUUUACUGCCAGGACAUCAGGGCAUCUGCAAUUCUAUAUGGAGAUGUCGAGCCUCCAACUGAAACCCAAGAGCUAUAUGAAAUAUUGGGCAAUUUCACUGAGCAGUACCAAAAUGAAGAACUUCGUGGAACCACCAAAAGAAUAGCAAGAACGCAAACAAAGAUCAAAGAAUCAAAAAGAAAUUCACCAAAACCACAGCGUAUGCGGGCAUCUGCGACUGAAAGUGGGCGAGUGGAGCAGAUUUCCAACACCAGGCUUUAUCCAGAACUACCAAACUCCCAGUCUGCCAAAUAAUCCCACAUUGUGAGAUUGUCAAAUACAGUGGAAAUCCAGUACCUUAAAUAUUGUAUUCCAAUUAGGAUGAUUGUAAAAUCAUUCUUUAAUAGUGGGCGGAAAGAAAAGAGUUGGAGAGCAUGGCUAGCGAAGACCUUCUUUGUAAGUGUUCAAAAUGAAACAGUAAACUUGUAUUUACCAAAAAUAAGCUUUUCCUUCACCCCCACUUCAUGUUCUUAGUACAACACUACUAAAUGGUGCAGUAGAGGUUCAUUACGUUGAUUUUUGGGGCAAGGAGAUUGUCCUAAGAGAGAAGAAUUGAGAAGAAUGGGACAUUAGUGCAUGUAUAGGUGGGGUGGGGGAAAGAAGGUGCAGUCAUGUAUAGGACAACUAAGUUAGCCCAACAGGCGGAUUUCCACAAUAUUUUUUCGAAUGUUGUAAAGCUGUAAGAGAUUGUAACUUUUGAUAUUUUUUGAGAUGCCAAUUCUUAAGAGCUUCAAUAUAUUUAUCAGUGAAGUAUUGUACAGCUACUCCCACUCAUUACUCACCGCCACUUUCUCAAUGCUGAUUACUUAGUUUAACUCUGUUUGGGAAGAAUACAUUGUUCAGGUUGUACUUCUCUCUUGGCAAUGGCAAAAUCAACCUCAGAAUAUCAACCUCUGUAUUGUUGUCUUUAAUCUGUAAGAAUUAUUGUCCCUACCAGGCUCCCUCAUGGCCACAAGAUUGUUUGGUCCCUAUUUCACCAUCACUUCAUACUCUUCUGCGAUCUUUACUGCAUCUUCCCAUGCAAUGCAUAUUACAUGAUAAUAGCCCAUCAGGGAAAUUGUCUCAAAUGAUACCAGGCACUAUAUCACUGUCUAUGCAUUGCAUAUACUUGAAUGGAUACGAGAAAAGCUGACUUGAGGGUUGUUAAUCUGUUUAAGAUAUGGUCCCAGCUUUGCUGGUAUCAGCAAGUUGCCCAAACUCAUUGGUCUCCUACCCUCACAUCCUUACGUAGAGCCAGUGUCUGGACACAGCUUAUCAUUGGAAAUGUAGCUUCCAGCUAAUCAGUGAUGUCCCUAUAUGCAUAUACUUCCAUCCGCUACCAUAUUUUCCCUUUGAAAUCAAUUAGCUUACUAGAAUUCUAAUACUAGACUCUUAAUGUAGGAAAUUCUGUGGUAGUUAUCUCAAAAAGCAGUCCCUUGUUUGGGCCUCUCCACUUUGUGAACAAAUACUAUGGUAAUGACAGGCAUAUUGAAACACUGUUAGCCCUUUAGUUCCUCUGAGCCUAUUCCUUCAUUCAGCUAAAUCCUGUGUGAGCUGUAUCUUAUUUAUUGAGAGGAAGGGGGCUAAAAGAGAGAGAGCUAAGGAGUAGAGGAACAAGAGGGGCUGCCGAGAACAAAGGCAACCUGUGGGGGGUGGAAACAACGAUGCCGAGAACGAAGAGGGACCAACUUGACUCUAAUGAGUACUUUUGUAACUUUGUCGGUGCCAGAAAUGUGGCGAUUAUUUGUGUAUGUGUAUUGUAUGCAAAAAAAAGUAUCGUUGAAUCAUUGAAGGGAGGUGGAGCAGAUGAGGGAGGCAGUUAGGGUAAAGGGUAUGAGGAAGGAAAAAAAAAUAGCAAGAGGAGAUGGGGGAUUGUGACGAUCAGAUCCAAGAGAAAGGAUGUGGGCCAGAUCAAGAAUCUGCAGUCAUGUGGUGUGCUUAGAGAUUGUGUCGCCACCGAAGUAUGUGUUUUAAGUUGUAGUUUGAGUUUUGGACCUCCUCACCAUUAGAAAAAGACCAUAUAAAAGUUGGUGUAGAAUGGCCACUCCAUAUUAAAAUAAUUCAUGCUCAUGUUUUGUGCUCCUCAAAUCUAGAAUGGAAGCAAGUUAACCCUGACCCCCGAGACCACUUCAAAAGAUUCAUACCAUAAAUGAUUAGGUUCACCUCGAUUAAGCACCCGUGCAGAAGUUGUUGAUUUCAUUAACUUUACCACUAAGUUCCAUCCGGCCCUCAAUUUCACCUGGACCAUCUCUGACACCUCUCAGCCCUUCCUUGAUCUUUCUGUCUCCAUCACAGGGGACAGACUAUUGACUGAAUAUCAAAAUUUGAAAAGCUAUAAAAAGGCAGUAAAUAUGGAUCACAUGCAGGCAGAGGAGAUUAGUUUAACUUGGCAUCAUGUUUGGCGCAGACAUUAGAGACUGAAGGGCCUCUUCCUGUGCCGUACUGUUAUAUGUUCUAUGUAAGUGUUUCAUAUAUUGAGUCCCAACAGUAAAUCAUCUUCUGCCACACAAUCAAAAAAUUACUUACGUUUUAAUUUACCAGCUUCUGAGAUUCUGACUGUUUCCAAUAAAAUCAACACUUUUCAUUGCGGUCUUUUGGUUCUCUUUGCAUUCCUGUGAAUUUAUGGAACAUAACUUUCUAGCCCAACACUAAAAGUUAACCCAGUCAGUUUAUUAAAACUUGGAAACAAAAAGAAAAUUUAGUUUUGAAAAGCAAGUAAGACUGUGGAUGCUGAAAACCUGAAAUAAAGAAACAGAAAAUGUUGCAGAUACUGAGCAAAUCAGGAAGGUUCUAGGGAGAAGAAAUAAAGUUAACAUUUCAGGUCAAUGAUACAUCACCACAGCAAAAUCUAAUGAGCAGAAAAAUAAAAUUUCCAAGUAGACAGGAAUGAGGCGAGAAUUCAAAGAGAUUAUUAUUUAUAGAAUAUAGAACAUUGAAAAGUACAGUGUCGUUUAGAUGUGAGGUACAGCAUGGAAACCGGCCCUUCGAUCCACCGAGUCCACACCGACCAUCGGUCAUCCAUUUCACUCUAGUUCAACAAAAUGUUUGACAAAACGGUCACCAAAUCACUCCAGCAUUUUUUAUUCUUCAUGUGUACACCCCUUGCGCCAUUCAAUGAGAUAAUCGCUGAUGUUCUAGCUCAGCAUCAUAACAAACGCCACCGGUCCAUUCCCUCAACAGAUGUAUUCUGUGCCUGCAGAAUGUGGUAAUCAUUGCCCGAUCCAUCAUGGGUACGGACCUCACUAUUGAAGUGAUAUACAAGAGGCACUGCAUCAGAAAAGCAGCUAAUAUCAUCAAAGACCCAUACUACAAGAAUGAGGGGAAAUGUAGAGGUUUAGGCUUGGAUGACACUGAUGUGGAGGCUGAGGAUAAAAUAGGAUAAGGUCAAUGUUCACAAGUUCCUCUGGUGGUAGUGCAGUGAAAAUGGCAGUUAGGGCAUUGGUAAACUCAACCCCAGCAAUGUUGGUGUCAUCUACAGACCUACUAACCAGCCUGUCUACGAUUACAUCCAAGUCAUUUAUAAAUGUCACAAACACCAGGGAUAAUAGCACUGAUCCCUGCAGAACUCUACUAGUCGCACACCUCCAACAUGAAUAUUGGUCUUCGAGUACAACACUCUGUCUUCUAUCAGGAAGCCUAUUCCGAAUCCAUCUGACCAAGUCACUAUUAAUCCCGUGCAUCUUAAUCUUCUGGAUCAGCCUACCAUGGGGGACUUUAUCAGGUGCCUAACUAAAAUCCAUGCAGCCAACAUCCACCACCCUCUCUCCCAGAUGCGAUAAAUGUUUGUUUCAAAAUGCUAAUAUAACACAUUCAUUUGUAGGAUGUACAAAGUUAAAUAAAUUUUGGAGCGAUAUAUUUGAUAUAUUUACAAAGCUUUUCAAGUCCACAAUAGAACCUAAAACGGAAUGGAUUAUAUUUGGAAUAAUAGUAGAAGAUAUCAAUUUAAAUAAAGACCAAAAUGUUUUUUUUAAUUAUGGGUUAAUAAUUGGAAAGAAAUUGAUACUUAAAUUUUGGAAAAAUACAACCAUACCAACUGUUAAAAUGUGGAUUAGGAAUAUGAUGGACAUAGCACGCCUUGAAGAAAUGAGACUCCGACAUAGAUAAAUAUGACCAAUUCUUAAGGAGUUGGUCUCCUUUCAUCGACUUUUUGGAAUCAUGUGAUGCAGCGGUACAGUAAAGAUUGCUGAUUUCAGUUCAUGCCGUGGAUAGAUCUACAUUUCCGAAUAAAGAUUUGAAAAUUUCUCUUUUAAGGGGCCUUCUCUCCUAUUUCUACUUUCCACUUUUUCUUUUUUUUAUGUACACACUUCACGUUUUUCUAUUCUCUACCAUCUAUUUUCCCUCUUUUUCCCCUUUCUAUUGUUUUCUUUUUCUUGUCUUGCUUACUUCCUUCUCAAAACAUAAAACUAGAGGUUGUACAUAGAAUGGAUUACGGUAUGACAUAGUUGGCACCUAAAAUUAGGUUCCACUGUACUGUUUUGUACUGUAUUAACUUCUAAUAAAAUAAACAAAAAUAAAAACAUCCACCACCCUACCCUCAUCCAUCACCUUUGUCACCUCCGCAAAAAACUUGAGCAAGUUCGAAACGUAGAAAAUAGGUGCAGGAGUAGGCCAUUCAAUCAUGGCUGAUCAUCCAAAAUCAGUACCCCGUUUCUGCAUUUUCCCCAUAUCCCUUGAUUUUGUUAGCCCUAAGAGCUAAAUCUAACUCUCUUGAGAUAAGGAGUAAGCCAUUUCGAACGGAUGAAACACUUUUUCUCACAGAGAGUGGUGAGUCUGUAGAAAUCUCUGCCUCAGAGGGCGGUGGAGGCAGGUUCUAUGGAUGCUUUCCAGAGAGAGCUAGAUAGGGCUCUUAACAAUAGUGGAGUCAGGGGAUACGGGGUGAAGGCAGGAACAGGGUACUGAUUGUGGAUGAUCAGCCAUGAUCACAUUGAAUGGCGGUGCUGGCUCGAAGGGCCGAAUGGCCUACUCCUGCACCCAUUGUCUAUUGUCUAAGACACAUCCUGCCAUGUACAAACUAAUGGUUUCCUCAAUGGGUCAUGUAACUCAUGUUUUCCUCUCAGUUCUCAAUUACUAAUUUUUCUAAAGUUCAGUUUUACUUCGGUAAAUCAAAUAAUAGCUUCAUGCCAAAAGUGCACUCCAACUUAACAAUGGACUUUGGUUACUUGUGCCCAAGGUUAUACUCAUACUUAUACUAAUACUUACUUUAUUAGCCAAGUAUGUUUUCCAACAUACAAGGAAUUUGAUUUUCCAUAGUCAUAAUAAUAAAAAGCAACAGAACACACAAAAUACAUUUUAACAUAAACAUCCACCACAGUGACCUCCACAUUCCUCACUGUGAUGGAAGGCGAAAAAAAGUUCAAUCUCUUCCCUUCUUUGUCCUUCAGCGUUCGGGGGCCUCUAACCUUCCAUUGACAGGACGAUCUUACUCCCGUAGCCAGCGGCGGGCCUCCUCGUCGGGGCGAUCAAGCUCCUGCAUCAGCUCCCCCGCGCCGGGCGAUCUACCUCGGGUCGGGGCUAGUCAACAUCGUGCGGCUUCCGGAGCUUCACAACUCUGUGUCUCCCGAGACUGUGAGUCCUUGAUGUUAAAGUCAGCAGGCCGGCGUCGAUCCCAGGCAAGGAAUCGGCUUCGAAGGUAGGUCCUCGCCCCGCAGUGGGGCUCAAAGUCAGUCCCGAGCAAGGCCUCCAGCUCCACGAGGUUAGGCCGCAGAGCAACCGGAGAUACGACCCGGAAAAAAAUCGCAUCUCCGGCAAGGUAAGAGAUGGAAAAAUAGUUUCCCCCGCCCACCCCCCACAUAAAACAAACCAGAGAACAUGAAAACAAACUUUUAAAACACUAAAAAUAACAAAAAAAGACGAAAAGGACAGUCAAAUUGUCGGCGAGGCUGCCGGCGUAGCGCGGUGGUUACUUUACUUAUAAAGUAAAAUAAAGUUUAGCAAAAUGAGCACUACUAAGCAAAUUAUUAAAUGCUGUUUCAAACAUGAUCUGUUGCUUGUUGAUCAAUUCUUCAAGUGCCAGCUGAGGCGAGAUUUAGACUGCAGACAGGAUGACAGCAGAGAGCUGCCCCAGAAGUUCGAAUGGUUGGCACUUAACUGCCAGGUGCUCCAGUUUGGGAAAACAGGAAUGAGACAAGACCGCCACAUCCGAGCAUCGUGACAUAUUUAUCUUAAAAUAGAAGCUGACAUCUCUUCCUUUUUCUGGCUUCACUAUCUGUAUCUCUGAUGCAGCAGUCUUAUUUUUAGGUCUGCCAUGUUGCUCUUCAGCAAUUGUAACUAACUGAAACUGAUGUUGUAAUGGUGUAAACUUCCUGGGCCAAAGGGCCUGUUUUCGUGCUGUAUUCUAUGUUGUGUGAUAAUAGGGGUCAGCUGGAGGAGGCAAAAUUAACAACCACGUGGCAAGUUUUGCCUGAACAUUGUUACAGAAAUUCCAGCUUGUCUUUUCCACUCAUGUUGGGUUGGACCAUUAUUUAUGAAAGGGAGGUUGUUUUUUUUAAAGUGUUUAGUUGUUCAUCAUCAUUCAUGACUAUUUGUAGCAGGCUACAGAUUCUAGUGGGAUUGCUUAACUAGAAUACAGUUCUGCUAAUGUAAUAUAGGGAUAUAGGCUAAAUACAGCCAGUGAGCAUCCAGCUUUGGUGAGCUGAAGGGCCUAUUUUCGUGCUGUAUGACUCUAUCACUAAAAAGGUGGUAUCUUAAGCAGACUUUGUAAUCAGAUAGAAUAUUUCUCAUAAUUAGAAAGAGAGCAUGUCGGCCUUCUUAAGUGAAGUUAGAAAUUGAAAAAAGCUGACAUUUUUCAAAUUGAUCAAUCUGAAGAAGGGUCUUGACCCGAAACGUCACCUAUUCCUUCGCUCCAUAGAUGCUGCCUCACCCGCUGAGUUUCUCCAGCAUUUUUGUCUACCUUUGAAAUUUGACAAAGAGUGGUUUUCCUGGAAAAGGGAGUGAAUUUAUAAACUGAGACUAUCUUCAGCCACAAAAUACUGGAGUAACUCAACGGGAUAGGCAACAUCUCUGGAUAGAAGGGAUGUGUGACAUUUUGGGUCAAGACCCUUCUGAGGAUUCUGAAGAAGGGUCGCGACCCGAAACGUCACCCAUUCCUUCUAUCCAGAGAUGCUGCCUGUUUCCGCUGAGUUACUUAGGAUUUUGUGUCUAUCUUCAGUGUAAACCAGCAUCUGCAGUUACUUCCUUCACAAUAUUCAGCCAAGUUCUUUCUCAACCCACAAUCGUUGGUGUAUCAACUCCACCCACUGCUAACUACAUCCUUGCAAAUCAGGUGGUUUGUAAAAUUGCUCUGCAUCAAUUAUUGUGCUCAAUCAUACCAUGGCAAUGUAUUUACUGUUGAUUUUAUAAGAUUGUUCAGCUCAAGUGCGUGUAUUUACAUUUGUUCUGCC